CACAACAAACACACACAACACAACACUCACUCAUAUCUAUCUAUAUAUUGCUUCCAUAACCCCCUUUCAACCUUCACACAUAACCAUAAUAUAAACCAUACACAAACCAAGUACACCAAUUUAAGAGAAGAAAAAAAAUAUCAUCAUUUUCAUAUUCCUAACUAUAUAUCAUAUCUUUAUUUUCAAACACUUAUAUUAUUCUCAAUUUUGUUCAUAAAAAUAUGGGUGUUGUGGGCACAUGUGAAAUUAGGAGAUCAGAACUUGAGGUCUUUCACCGGAAUCUAGUGGCUACCGCCGGCAUACACCGGAGAAAAGACGAUGAAGGAUUAAGAAAAAACAACUCAUUUGAUUCUUCUUUAGAUGAUGAUGAUGAUGAUAAAGGAACAACCUUGGUUUGUGUCACUAGUGGUGUUUCAUAUUUGGGUCUUGCUUUGGUCAACCAUCUUUUAGUCUUAGGUUAUUCUGUUAGAAUAACUGUUGACAACCCAGAGGACAUAGAAAAAUUGAGGGAAAUGGAAAGAGAUGGAGAAAUGAGAAAUAAUUUGGAAAUAAUAAUUGCAAAACUAAGUGAUGUUGAUAGUUUGGAGAAAGCAUUUGAAGGAUGUCGUGGCAUUUUUCAUACCUCUGCAUUUACUGACCCUGCUGGUCUAUCUGGAUACACUAAAUCAAUGGCUGAGAUUGAAGUCAAUGUAGCAGAAAAUGUGAUGGAAGCAUGUGCAAGAACACCUUCAAUUAAAAGAUGUGUAUUCACAUCAUCACUAGCUGCUUGUAUUUGGCAAGACAAUGUAAAUUCAGAACUUACUCCUAUUAUUAACCAUGGCUCUUGGAGCAGUGAAUCACUCUGCAUAGACAAAAAGCUAUGGUAUGCAUUAGGCAAGAUGAGGGCAGAGAAGGCAGCUUGGAGAAUAGCCAAUGAAAGAGGUUUGAAACUCACUACCAUUUGUCCAGCACUUAUCACAGGUCCUGAAUUUUGUCCUAGAAAUCCAACGGCAACAAUUGCAUAUCUCAAAGGAGCACAAGAAAUGUAUUCUAAUGGUUUGUUAGCAACAAUUGAUGUAAAGAAAGUGGCUGAAGCUCAUGAAUGUGUGUUCAAAGAAAUGAAUGGAAAUGCUUAUGGUAGAUACAUUUGUUUUGAUAAUGUAAUUGAUGCUCAAAGUGAAGCAGAAAAGCUAGCAAAGGAGAUUGGAAUGCCUAAAGAAAAAAUAUGUGGAGAUGCAUCAAAUAAUUCUUUGCAAAGAUUUGAGCUAUCAAAUAAAAAGUUGUGCAGGCUCAUGUCUAGGCCAAUUAGGUGUUUUAGUGAAUAUUAGAUGAAAUCAUGUUGCCUUAAUGUCCUAAGAUUUGUGCCAUUUCUUUGUCUUAGCUAGUAGUUGCUAGAAAAUAGAUGAGAUAUGCUUUUUUAGUUUUCUUUUAUUGUCUAUGAUGGGGUGUCCUACAUGGGUAACAUGUAGUUUGUUUGGCCAUGCUUAUAUUCAUUUAUCAUAAAUUUUUAUAUAUAUCUUUAUUCAA